AUGGAGGGCGGCGGCGGCGGCGGCGGCGGGGGAGGGACGGCCCCUCGCGGGAGCGGCCCGGCCUCGGGCCCCGGCGGCGGCGGCGGCGGCAGCGGGCUGUCUCGGGAACUGGGCCGGGCCUUCGCCCACCACCGCCUCUACCUGAAUCGGCUGCAGCAGAACCUGAGCGAGACCCAGAAGUUCUUUCGCGACAUCCAGUGCUCCUACGAUUGCAGCUUCCCCCCCUUGUCUCCGGUCCCGGGCGGCGAUGUCUCCGCGGGGCACUUGAGCUGCAUUUCUUUCCCACCCCAUGAAGAAGAGUACCUCCAGUUGAUGGUGAACUGCCUUCCCUGUAUCUUCAUCCUGGGCCAGGACUGUAAUGCAAAGUGCCAGAUGCUGAAUAUGUUACUGGGGGAGCGGAUACUGCCCACCACCAAGCGGGGCAGCGAGGACAGCUGUAAGCGACGGCGCCUCCACUUCACUAAUGGGAAUCAGACUCGGGUCAGCCUGGCGCUGCCUAGCCAGUAUGAACCAGUGCACACUCUGGCCUCCCACCAGGGCAAGUGGGAAACCAUUCCUGAGGAGGACCUGGAGGUCCAUGAGGACAGUGAGGACCCUGCCCACAUCUUGGCAGAAUUGGAGGUGACAAUGCACCAUGUUUUAUUACAGGAAGUGGACGUUGUGGUUUUGCCGUGCCGUGGGUUCCAGCCCCCAGUGGAUACUCUAGGCGAGUUAGUGAAUGGUGUCCUGCCUGUGGUGAUCUUUGCCAUCAACAAGGAUGAACUCUCAGAAGGAGAUGAGGAAGAACUGAGAGCUAUCCGGGAACGGCUUUCUCUGCCUAUAUUCUUUUUCAAAGUGCCGAAGCUGGGCUCUGAGCUGAUUUCCCCCAACUCUUCCCCCAAGAGAAGAAUGGAGACUGAAAGAUCAUCACUUCACCGACAGCUAGUUGAUCUGAACUACCUGAAUGAUAGUCACCAUAACUGUGGGACCCUUGGCCUAAAUGCCAAAGCUCAGAGCAUAUUGGUAGAACAGAGUGAUAAGCUAAGACAAUUGAACAUAUUCACUCAGCUGGUGCUACAAACGCACCUUGUAGAUGCAGCCACGGUUCUGAACCUGGUGCACUGCCAGUGCCUGGAUAUCUUUAUCAACCAGGCCUUUGACAUGCAACGGGACCUGCAGAUCACUCCCAAGCGGCUCGAGUACACUCGAAAGAAGGAAAAUGAGUUGUAUGAAUCACUGAUGAACAUUGCCAACCGCAAGCAGGAGGAGAUGAAGGAUAUGAUUGUGGAGACUCUUAAUAUCAUGAAGGAAGACCUUCUGGAAGAUGCUGCCAACAUGGAGUUCAAAGAUGUCAUCAUCCCUGAGAAUGGGGAGCCAGUGGGCACCAGAGAAAUAAAAUGCUGCAUCCGCCAGAUUCAGGAACUCAUCAUCUCUCAGCUUAACCAGGCUGUGGCCAAUAAGCUGAUCAGCUCAGUGGACUAUCUUCGUGAGAGCUUUGUGGGAACCCUGGAACGGUGUCUGCAGAGCCUGGAAAAGUCCCAAGAUGUUUCAGUCCACAUCACUAGUAACUAUCUCAAACAGAUCUUAAAUGCUGCCUAUCAUGUUGAAGUUACAUUUCACUCAGGGUCAACAGUAACCAGGAUGCUGUGGGAGCAGAUCAAACAGAUUAUCCAGCGAAUCGCAUGGGUGAGUCCACCUGCUGUUACUCCAGAAUGGAAGAGGAAGGUGGCCCAGGAUGCCAUUGAGAGUCUCAGUGCCUCCAAGCUGGCCAAGAGCAUUUGCAGCCAGUUCCGGACCCGGCUUAAUAGCUCUCAUGAGGCAUUUGCAGCCUCCCUGCGGCAGUUGGAAGCUGGUCAUUCAGGCCGGCUAGAGAAAACUGAAGACCUGUGGUUGAAGGUUCGGAAAGAUCAUGCCCCACGCUUGGCCCGUCUUUCCCUGGAGAGCCGUUCCCUGCAGGAUGUCUUGUUGCAUCGUAAACCUAAACUGGGCCAGGAGCUAGGCCGGGGACAGUAUGGUGUGGUGUACCUGUGUGACAACUGGGGAGGCCAUUUCCCCUGUGCCCUGAAGUCCGUUGUCCCUCCAGAUGAGAAGCACUGGAACGAUUUGGCAUUGGAGUUUCACUAUAUGAGGUCUCUGCCCAAGCAUGAGCGUCUGGUGGAUCUUCACGGUUCCGUCAUCGACUACAACUACGGCGGUGGCUCCAGUAUUGCAGUGCUGCUCAUCAUGGAGCGGCUACACCGGGACCUUUACACAGGGCUGAAGGCUGGGCUGAUUCUGGAGCUGCGCCUGCAGAUAGCCCUGGACGUAGUGGAGGGAAUCCGCUUUCUGCAUAGCCAGGGGCUUGUCCAUCGUGACAUCAAACUAAAAAAUGUGCUGCUUGACAAGAAGAACCGAGCCAAGAUCACUGACCUGGGUUUUUGCAAGCCUGAGGCUAUGAUGUCUGGCAGCAUCGUGGGUACCCCAAUCCAUAUGGCCCCAGAGCUCUUCACAGGGAAGUAUGACAAUUCUGUGGAUGUCUAUGCUUUUGGGAUCCUCUUCUGGUAUAUCUGCUCAGGCUCUGUAAAGCUCCCUGAAGCAUUUGAAAGGUGUGCCAGCAAGGACCACCUCUGGAACAAUGUGCGCAGAGGAGCCCGUCCAGAGCGACUCCCAGUGUUUGAUGAGGAAUGCUGGCAGCUAAUGGAAGCCUGUUGGGAUGGUGAUCCCUCCCGACGGCCUCUCCUUGGCAUCGUUCAGCCCAUGCUCCAGGGUAUCAUGGACCGGUUGUGCAAGUCAAACUCUGAGCAGCCAAGCAGAGGACUGGAUGAUUCUACUUGAAGGCUCUUUCCCUGUCUCAUUCUCCCACCCUCUCUCUUCCUUUUUCUUCUGUUUUAAACUCCCUGGUCGUAGGAAGAACUUGGCAUUGUAUACAUCCACAGGAAGCACCUGAGGGAACUGGUUUUGGCUGUGGAACUUGAGACAGCUUCAAACUAUGAUGACUUCAGUCAGCUGUGAGAAGUUGGAUUGUUGUCCCACCGUCUUUGUCCAUUCUGUGUUCACCAGUGAUCCAAGCUAUCUCUUUGGAAAAGAGACUAGUCAUCUAGGUCACAGAAAAAAGCCGAGGAGUGGGAGAUUUGGCCUUCAGAGCCAGCGCAAAUCCCAUCUCCUCAUUUCUAAGUUCCAUGAAUUUUUCCAAAGUACUGGAUGGGGUGUUAUGAUGUCAUUAAUAUGAAGAGACAUCAUCUGGCUGACUUCUGUUCUAUCAGGGUUAAUUAGUCUGGUUCCAUCCAGUGGUCAGAACAGAACCUCAGAAAUGUCAAGUUUGGGUGAUGGAGAGGAAAGGUGAGAGAGGGCCAGAGGGAGAAAGAGAAUUCUGUAGAGAUGUGUCUGGUUCCUGCUGACUGUAACUAGAGCUUUUUGCCUGCGAUAGCAUGAAGCCUCGAGUCUGUGUGGUGGCUGUAAAUAAACUCAGCAGUGCUCUUUGCAUUGCCAGAUAUGUUUACAUUUGGGGAGAAGGUUUUACCCUUAUACCACUUUGGUUUCCCCAAAGAAUCCAUUUAGUGAGUUAUUAGGAGUUCCUGUUACUGUUGACCCCAGAGCCUGCAGGUGACAUUUUGUUCUUUUGGUUUUGAAGCUAACUUCAGAUAAUAGUGAUACUUGGGGGGGGGGUGGCUUGGAGGGUAUCUGGGUAAACCUAACCCAGUUUAAAAUGUUUGGGUGAGACCCAAGAAAUAAGAAACACUCUGGAGGUCACUGGCUCUUAUGGGGGUUACCUGUGUUCAGACCUCCUAGAAAGAUAACCAGUUUGUGUUUUUAAAUGUUUGAAAAACAAAUCUUUCUUUUUAUUUUUUGAACCUAACACACUGACAUUUUAAAAUCCUGCUUAUUAUCAGACAUUUUAACUGAGCUUCCUUCUACUACCUGCUCUUCUUCUUCUCUCUCUCUUUUAAAUAUCAUUUGCUAGGAGACAAAAUAGUGGAUGAGAAAGAAAAGAGCACUGUAGCAAGUCCAUGAGUGUGCACAAUUACUGCAUGUAUCUGUCUGAUUGGGAGGGUCACUCCCCAUUUUGCAGUUGGCAGUGGAACAUAGAAAUGUCCUUGGGGAGUUUUCACAGAGAGGAGGUCAAGGGGAAGAGACCCGGUUCUGGUAUGUGAGGGAUUCUAUGGUCACCUCAGUUCUAUUUAAAUCUUGGUUUCAGGCUCUUCUGGACCUCAGUGUAUCAGCUACCCGACUCUCUCUUUUAAAUAAGAAGAGUAAAGAGGGAACAGAAUUGACAGGGUUGGUUGGCUGGGAUGAGAAGCUCCUUCCAGUCACUCACUUCCUGUGUCACAGCUGUAAUCUACUUUGCUGUGUUCUGUUCCUAGAGUGUCUGGAAUACAUUGCAACCAGGAUCCUUCAAGUUGAAAAUACAGAAUGAACGUCGCAUUUGUUCCUGGAAUUCUCUAGGUAGAAAGAUUGUCUUGACUAUUAACAUACAACAAAAGGAGAAUGUUAGAACCUAGAGUUUUGAAGUCUGGCCUGAUUGACUCUUUAGCUAUCCUGAGCAGGGGCUGCAGUGCCUAGCACCUCAGAAGUUCCAAUUAUAAUCAAGAACUUUCAGUUGCAAUUGAAGACAUAGCCAACCAUUUAUCUUUGAGUCCUCAGGCAUCUCAUUUCUUGUAGUGGACUAUCUAGUGCAGCUCUUCCUAGUUAAGAAAAUGCCUUAGUACCUCAGCAUCUGCUGUUACUCCAGGCUUACCCAUAUAUUCUUGCCAGUAUUAACUAGUUUUCUUUUUGGGCUCUGUAGGUACCAACAUCUUUGUGGUAGAGGGAACCUAAGUGUCCAGUUAGGGAAGGUGAGGGUUUGUAUUUAUUCUCUUGGAAAGCAGAGAAUGUACAGAAAAAGAUUAUAGUGCAGACAUCCAUUCUGUGUGGACUUUCAAAAACGUCUUGUACAGUUUCUGCCUUGUAUCUAUGUCCCCUUACAUUUUAAUCGGCUGUAAUUAGAAGUGGUUUAAAAAAUAAAAGUCUAGACCGAGUUUAGCAUUCACAACACAGACACCCACAGCCUCUGAUAUCCUUAGCUCAUAGCUACAUGCACACAUAUCAGUGUACUCCUCCCCCAUACACCAGAAUUUUUGUUCAACCCUGUCUGUUAGUUUGGUCUCUUGAUUAAUGUUUCUUUUCUAUAACACUCCUCUGUGUGUCUGUGUAAGUGUAUGAAUGAAUAUGCAUUUAUCUAUGUGAAUGUAUCCAUAUGUAUAUGGUACAUAUCUACAUACCUAUAAAUAUAUACACUUGUACAUAUAUGUAUAUAUAUGUAUACAUUUUUUUCCCCCUGGGAGCCAGGGUGAGAGUGAGGACAAAAGAAUCUGAGAAAAGCAAGGUGCACAUUGUCCAGGCCAGAGUCUUGGGUGCUUGGAGGAUUACUUUAAACACUCAGCAAGUUUACUAUAGGAAUGAAUAUGUUUGCUUUUGUUUUUCUGUGGUCAGCUGUGUUUCCUUAUCUUCUGACAUCACAUUGUUGCUGAGGUGAAUGAAUGUCAUGAAUUGUAUUGUACUGUAUUAUACUUCGGGAGACACUAGAUUGUUCAACAUCUCUUCCCUAAUGCAAUGCAAUGGCCAGUCAAGUCUAGAGGAUGGUAUUUUGGCAGGUGUUGUGAAGAUUGUAUCUGGUCUUGGGUUAUACAAAUACCCAGCCUAGUGAGGACAGUUGUGGUUGGGGGAGGGAGGGAAGAAGAGAAACUCAUGGAGAAAUGGUUCUUUUCUAUACUCUCUUCUAAAUAAAGUAGCAUAGCUAGUUAGCUUCAGCCUAAGAACACUCGCCUGACAUUAAAAGAUCAAGAGUCUUCUAAAUCAGUUCAAAGUAAGGAAUACUAAGAGGUUAGGAGUCUCAACUGAUAACCUUGCUGAUUCCCAGAAGCUCAUUCAGACUACUGAAAGUUGAGGAAUGUUUAUAGAAGAUAAGAAGAUACCUGCUACACAAGAAUAUCCUUGCUCUCUUACUCACAGUACAGAGCAGCUUCCUUUCCUCAGUAAACCUUCUACUUCUUUGGAAGCCAGCCUCAUUAGGAAGGUGCCAGCUGUUCAGAGACCAUCCAAAGAUGGGAGUCAUUUUCUAAAAUGUUAUUUUCUAGGGAACCAAAUGCUGUUCCCACAUUGUUUUAAAUUUCAGAAUCUUAAAUGUUUGAGGAAUGGGAAUGAAAAUUGUCAGGCAUAGAAGUUAGAUGAGCUGCAGCCGUUGACUAUGGUAUUCGGUUCUUGGCUACAUUUUAAUGUCUUUGAGUAGGCCAUCAGAGACCAAAUGGACCACACUGCAGCUUUUAGAAAGGCUUUGUUUGCUUACAGGUAAAACAGGGUGACACAAGUGCAGAAGGGUGGUAGGUGCUCAGCAUCUGAUUGCUGUAAAGUUUAUGGAACCCAAGGGUUAUCACCCACACCGAGCAAAACUUUCUUCAUUGGCUUAUCGUUUUAUAUUUAGAAGCAGAAGAGGAACAGUGUUCCUUCUGGCAUUUUUGAGAAUAGUGAUGCCCUUGUAGCCAUUUCUUGGAGAGAACGGGUGGUUAGUAUUUAAUUUGAUUUAGACAUGGUGAUGCCAAAGUCCUGCCUUAUUAGUGUAGGGUCAGCAGCCCUCCUCUGGCCACUGAAUAGCUGCUUUUCUAUCUUUACUAAUUUUUUUUUCCUUUUUGGUAGCUUAAUUUCUAGAUUUGCUGGGAAAACAACCUUUUACCUUUUCUAAAAAUAAGAAUAUUUUUGCUGAUUCCCAGUGGGUCUGGAGCUAGGGCUAGGGGAGAACUAGAGGAAUUGGAAGUUCCCUCAGGACUUCAAGUAGUACUACUGCUCUUAAAGAGGUUUUAUUUUUAAGUUCAUUUAUGUGCUUUGUUAACAUCCAGUUCAAUUCCAGUAAUCACAGGGGCUCUGUGCGUAUGUAUGUGUGACACGCACCUGGUACUAAGGCCAGCUUGCCCAGAGCGCCAAGAAAAAAAAUGGUGAAAACCGUUGUUGUGUGUCUUUGUGUAGAGCUUUUUGUUUGUCUUCGUCUUAAUUUUAAAGGACUGAUGUUUAUUACAGUGUUAAAGGAAAAUGUAACAAACUAAGUGUUUAGGAUAAAAGUGCAAUAACAAAAGAAGUUACUUUGGAACAGACUCCAGUUCUUAUGACCUAUUUUGUGCUACACCAAGUUCUUUUGAUAACAUUAUUACUGCAGGUCAGAUUGUUUUAUUUUUAAGAGACGCGACUGUGGGUUAAGACUUCAUUUAGUGUAAUUUUGAACGGUCAGGUUUGGUUUUUAUAGAUUAUUCUGUAUACAUGUUGGGAGACACCAAACACCAGAUGUUCUGUAUAAUAAAGGUCACAUUAAUGUUUUAGAUUUGCUUCUGUCUUGCCCUGAUAGUCCCUUCUUGACUAUGCUUGAACCCACUAGUAAGGUUUGGAGUAGCAUCUUUCCCACUAUCUCUUUGUGAUAUCUCUGGGCAGUCAGUCAAUGCCCGCUAAUCAAGGUUAGUGCUGGAGAUACACAUCCAAGUGAGUUAGUCCCUGCCUUUGAGGAAAUGGCUUGUUUCCAAAGAAAAGACUCAGCCAGUGUUUCCCAUCACCAUUAGUUCUGGUUACUGCUCAAUAUUGGGUUUCAUUCAUUUAAUAAGCAUUUUGGUACCUACUUUGUGCAAAUGACCUCAUUAACAUAGUGCUUUAGGGCUAAAAAACACUGAAAAUAUAGUCACCCCCCCCACUCCAAUAUGAUUUUACAGAUGGGCAAACAGAAGCAUCGAGGGGCCAGCUGAUUUAGGGCCUGAUCGAGCCCUACUGGGCAAAAGUGAGUUGAGUUGUGUAAAUUUUUUCUCUAGUGGCUUCCAUGUUCAGUUCUUCCCCUCCUCUUUUUGGAACCAAUUUUUCUUGCAACUUUACUAUACACUCAACUCCCUAGGUUUUUUGAGAAAAGGAGUCUUUUUUUGCCAGGGUCCCAGGUUCCUCCCUGCAUCCCCCCCCCCUUUGAUGGGAAACUGCUCCUGGGGUAACCACAUGAUUUGCCAGCUCAGCUGACGUUUCUAGGCUAUAACUGUGGCAGAGAAAUAGGGUGGAUAAUCCCCUUGGGCUUUAAAAAAGUGGGUGCAACUUAAACUUUUUAAGGUCAUUUUUUAUAAAAUGCAUGUUUAGUUCCAGAAAAUUCUUUUCUUCCUGGAAUGGAGGCAUUUCUGUUGUGAUGGUAUGUUACAGCCAGUUGGCAACAUUUUUUUUUUUUACAGAUGGAAAAAACUUUGAUCACCACAGGCUUUUUUAAAAAUUAAAAAAAAAUAAUUAAAAUGUUUAAAAACUGACUCUUGACAAAAAGGUUAAUUCCUCAGCUUAAUGUAGUCAAUGUAGAAAGGCCCUAAGUCUCCAAUGAUUUCUUGAGUAGAAGGUCAAGGCCAUCACAGGCCUAGGUGGAAGGGAGUGCUUUUUCAUGUCUGCCCUGGUAUAAGAGCAUAAUUAAGAAGUUGCCUCAGACAGAAUCAGAUUUAUGCAUUGUUUUAUUCACCAUGAGCACAAAGCAGGAAACAAGUCUCCAUGGUUAAAUGUACUUCUUACACAAUGUGGCCAAAUUGUAAACUUUGUUAAGAGCGAUACACUAAAUUUGUGAAAGAUAAAGUUGAAGCAUACAGAUUUACCACUUCAUACUGUAGUUGGAUUUCCACUUGAAAAUGAAAUAUUUUAAAAUGAAAAGAUUUUAAUCUGGUUAAAUAUUUUCAAGAGGAAGAAUAUUUGUAAACUAUCUUCACUUACACAUGAAUUAAAUUUGAGUCUCAAAGGUACCUAUGACCUUAAGCUUGCCAUCAAAUUGACAUUUAGGAAAGGGUAAAAAAAAAAUGGCAGUAUUAACAAAUUAUUUAUGAAAUGUUACCUUCAUUUUCUGAAUUCUUAAAUGAAUCAGACUUGGAAAAUGAGAAACAUCACAAGCAUUAUUUAUGAACAUUUAGUAAUGUUUUCUUGCAUAUGCAAUAAUUACUGUCCAUCAGGUGACUGGUGUUGGGAAAAUUUUCAAUUAGAUACAUUUGUAAAUUACCAAAACAUGAUUUCAUUUGUAUACUACCCAAACAACAGCUUCAGGGUCACUGAAGAAGAAAAUUUAGCAGAAAUAUCUUCAGAUUGAAAAUUGACUAAUAACUUAUUUUGAUGAUUAGAACUCAUUUUGGGGAAAAAGUGAAGACAGAAUAUUCAUCUCUCCAAAAAGACAAUGUAAGUUUGACUCCCCUUCCCACUACAUUGCAAAGCAGCAUUUUUACCUGGACAGUAAGAAAAUUAAAGCUUAGAAAUUG